AUGCAAAGACUCGUGCCUCAGCGAGCUCGCCAGCUCUGGGGCCAUGCGCCCCGCGUCCGGUCAUCCAAUCGCAGGCAGAGAAGCUUUGCGACAGUUUCUGGCACUUCACAACCCUACGAUGUGAUCGUCAUCGGCGGCGGCCACGCAGGCUGCGAAGCCUCUGCAGCAGCGGCACGAUCCGGCGCCCGAACCGCCCUCAUAACGCCCAAACACGACAACCUCGGUGUAUGCUCGUGCAAUCCUUCCUUUGGCGGCAUCGGAAAGGGUACCAUGCUCCGCGAAAUUGACGCCCUGGACGGUGUGGUGGGGCGCAUAGUAGAUAAAGCGGGCACACAGUUCCGAGUGCUGAACCGGAAGAAGGGACCUGCGGUGUGGGGGCCACGAGCGCAAAUCGAUCGGUCGCUGUAUAAGAAGUACAUGAAAGAGGAGAUGCUGAAUUAUGAAGGGCUGAGUGUGUUGGAGGGAAGCGUGGCGGAUAUCAUUGUUGAUCAGACGCAAGAGGAGGGCGUGAAGGGACGAUAUGGCAGAAUCACUGGUGUGAGGCUAGAAAGUGGGGAGAUCAUACCAACGGGAAAUGUGGUUAUUACGACAGGCACAUUUUUGGGGGGUGAGAUACAUAUUGGACUUGACGCGUACCCGUCGGGGCGCAUGGGUGAAGCUGCGACAUUUGGUUUGAGCAAGAGCUUAAGAGACGCGGGGUUCACUUUGGGGAGGUUAAAGACUGGGACGCCGCCACGGUUGGAUGGGAAGAGCAUUAAUUUCAAAACACUGGAUGCGCAAGAAGGAGACCAACCGCCGAUGCCGUUCAGCUAUCUGAACGAAAGGGUGCAGGUCGAGCAGCAAUUACUGAAUCACGAGACACGAACGAAUGAAGCGACGCACGACGUUAUACGAAACAACCUGGACAAAUCGAUACAUAUCCGGGAGACUGUGAAGGGGCCGCGAUAUUGCCCGUCAUUGGAGUCAAAGGUCAUACGCUUCACAGACAAGACCUCGCAUAUCAUAUGGCUGGAACCAGAAGGCUUCGACAACGACGUCAUCUACCCCAACGGCAUAUCAUGUACUGUGCCAGCAGACGUUCAGAUCGAGAUGCUCAAGACCGUAAGAGGACUUGAGAACGUCAACAUGCUCCAACCCGGCUACGGAGUAGAGUACGACUACGUCGACCCACGCCACCUCCGCUCAACGCUCGAAACCAAGAACAUAUCCGGCCUCUUCCUUGCUGGCCAGAUCAAUGGUACAACAGGUUACGAAGAAGCCGCCGGCCAAGGCGUCAUCGCUGGCAUCAACGCCGGCCUCAGAUCCCUCAACAAACCCGCCAUGAUCCUCACCCGCGCAGACGGCUACAUCGGCAUCAUGAUCGACGAUCUCAUCACCAAAGGCGUCUCCGAGCCCUACCGCAUGUUUACCUCGCGCUCAGAAUACCGCAUGUCCGCGCGCGCCGACAACGCCGACACACGCCUGACCGCCAAAGGCCACACUGCCGGCGUCGUGCGCUCGCCCCGCUGGACCGCCUUUUCGCGUGACGCAGCCGACAUGGCGGAGCUUACUUCCCUCCUGCAAGAAAAGACGCUGGGCUGGUCCGAUUGGAAUAAACACGGCUUUGCCGUCCGCAACGACUCGACCAAACGCUCCGCAUACGACCUCCUCCGCCUCCCCUCCACAACACCCUCAUCCCUCACAUCUAUCCUUCCGCAAAUCGCCAAUUUCUCACCACGCAUACAGGACCGCGUACACAUCGAGUCCACAUACGCGCCGUACGUCGCCUACCAAUCUGUCUCGCAGGCGCGCUGGCUCAAGGAUGAGCACCUCCGCCUGCCCGACGAUUUAUCGUACGAAGCUAUUUUUGGACUGAGCUACGAGGAGAAGCGCGCGCUGGAGGUUGCGCGGCCCGAGAGCGUGGGGCAGGCGAGGAGGGUAGAGGGGGUUACGCCCACGGGGGCAUUGAGAUUGUUGCAGUUUGUUAAGGGGGUGGGGAGGGGGGAGAGGGAUGCGAGGGCGAGGGAGGAGAUUGAGGAGAGGAAGAGGAGAUACAAGGGGGAGGUGGGUGAGGUGGUGAACGUUGCGGGGAUGUAA